UCCAGCUCUUCUAUAAAGCCUUUCUCCUCUGUUAGGGAGGGAGAGAGAUAGAGAGAGAAGAGUUUAGGUAAAGACAGCAAAGCAAGUCAACGAGGGAAAUGACCGCUUGACGCUCUGUGACAUUUCGUAUCUGUUUGCAUCCGCCGCUGACCCGGAGCCACAGGCCUUCACCGGUCACCGCACUCUCAGGCGGCGCGCUGGACGGACGGUGUCCCCCGAUGGGGCCGGUGGAGGGGCAGUGCUGCGGGAGCUGCCCCUCUCUGCCCCCUAUCAUCAUACCCGGCGUGGGCGGCGUGGAGCUCUGCAGCACCCAAGAGGACGGAUGCCUUCCCACAGACGGAGAUAUGGGGUACCAAGAAGCCCAGGCCAUGGACGAGUAUCCAGUUCAGAGAAAAGGGGACAGACUGCCCUUUCAGAUCUUCCCAGAUCCAGUGGAAGUAGUACUGAGUACUGAAGGCUGUCUGACCUGCGCUCCGCAGGGGAAAGAGCGCCUGCCGUCCAUCGUGGUGGAGCCCACUGACGUCAGCGAGGUGGAGAGCGGUGAGCUGCGCUGGCCCCCAGAAGACAUGGACUUCGAUGAAGAUGAAGAUCUAUUCUUGGAGCAGUGCAUCCCACCUGCUAACAUCGCCGACUGGGGGGAGGAUGAGGAAGAGAGCUCGGUUAUUGAAAACCACCAGCAGAACACUUCCCUGUUAGAUCUUCAAACAGAUGACUUUAGGGAUGACACCCCGACUCUACCUCCCGAGAGUGCUUCAACUCUGAACUGAUGCCCAAUGAACCUAUCCCGAACAUGACUUUACAGGUCAACGCCGCGAACCCUGCACUCAUUAAGAAACCCAUCAUCAGGAAAUGACUUACCGAAGAC